AUGGGAUUUCAAUCUAAAUCUUAAAAUUAAAAUUCUUCAUCGACUGAUGACAAAUAAUCUUUUAAAGUUAAUCAAUCUUCUGAUUCUGAUUAACAUGAUUAAAUUAUGUUGAAGAAAAAUUAACUUUAAAAAAUUAGAAAACCUUUAGCAAAAAGAAAAAUUAGUAAUUGGGGUUCAGGAAGACCUUCUAAAAGCACAAAAAUUAAAGAUGAUCCUAGAUAGAAUUUAUAAUUUAUGAAUGAGGCUCUUUCUAGUUUAUGGUUUGGUAGAGAUAUCUCAAUGAAAAUGAUUAUAUAUUUAUGUAAGAUGGGAAACAUGAUAUCUAAAGUUGUUACAGGAGUACCUGCCUCAAAAAUAAGGAAAGGUUUUAUGAAAUAUGAUUAAAAUACUCAUUAGGAUAAAAAAAAAUACUCAAUUUAACUCAAGAAAGAUUUAAAAGUAAAUAAUGUUCAUAUAUAUAUAUUAGAAUAAAAAUUCAAGACUUCUUGAAUAUCUUAAUUAUCCAGAAGAUACAACUUAUUUGUUUUUAGAAAAGAAUAGCAAUUGUGAAGAUAAAUUAUAAUUAAAUAAUAUAUCAGAAGAAACUAAAGUUGGUUUAGAAGUAGUAAUGAAAUCACUUUCUAAGAACUUUGUUCAUACCUAUAAAUUUAUUGUUAAAGAAUACUUUUAAAAUUAACAUGAUUUUAUUGAAAAUAAUUUGGUGGAUAAUAUAGUGAGAAAACUAGUUGAGAAUUAUUAACAUCAUAAAAUGAUAUUUGAUAGAUAAUUAAUUCAUGAAUUAACAAAAGAUGAUUUUGCUCUUAUUAAUGAUAUUGUAAUAAAAUUAAUUUAUAUUAUAUAGGAAUCUAAUCCACUUUAAGCACAAAUUCACUUGUUUUAAAAUUCAAGUAUUAGAAAUAUAAACUUCUUUACAAAUACAUUUAAUGAUCAAGUAGAAGAAAUUAAAAAAAAUUCAUGUUGGAUUAGAUAAUUUAUUUAAGGAUUUAUUGAAAUUUUGUAAAAUUGUGAUCCAUUAAAUACAACCAAUUUAUGA